AUGGUAAAAUACAAGGAUAGAAGAAGGAUUUUUUCUGCUGAAGAGAUAUCUUCCAUGAUUUUGAUGAAAAUGAAAGGGGUUGCUCAGACAUUUCCUGGUUCGACUGUUGAAAAGGCGAUGAUUACUGUUCCAGCUUAUUUCAAUGAUUCUCAACGACAAUCAACAAAGGAUGCUGCCAAGAUUGCCGGACUUGAAGUUCUGCGCAUGUUUAAUGAACCUACAGCAGCUGCUUUAGCUUAUGCUCUAGACAAGAGGGCUAGCACAGAUGGCAAGUCACUUUACGAGCGGAUCAUUCCUGAUGAGGCUGUUGCCUAUGGUACUGGAUAUCUAGCUGCAAACUUGAGUGACCUGGCUAGGGAACUAACUACUGGCAGGAACAAAGCGAUCAAGAUAACCGACGGCGGUGGCCUGUCAAAAGCGGAGAUUGCCAAGAUGAUUAAAGAUGUUGAACGAUAUAAGCAAGAGGAUGAAGCACACAUAAAGAAGGCGAUGGCCCAUAAAGCUUUAAAUGACUAUGCGUAUCGGUUGAGAGUCAACUUAAACCGAUACAAGAUGCGGUUGAGUCUAAUUAUGGAUAUGGGGCUUAGUGUUAAAGACUUAGAAGAGAUAGAAUAUGAGAUCAAUGAGACAAUCGAGUGA